AUGGCGCUGGGCGUGAGCGCCGGGCCGGUCAGCCGUUGUCCAGCCAUCGCGCGGCCUGGCUCCUGCCUGAGAGCUGCGGCAGCCCAGGCGGUGCGGGAGAAAAGCCGCUCGCUCGCCGGGGCGCCGUGUGGCGGCGGGGACGGAGCGGGGCUCGUGCGGGAGCGGUGGUGGCUCCGCCGCCAGGUGUCUCUGCAGCCCGUCCGUCCGUCCUUCCGCCGAGUCCGCGAGCGCCCGGGGCCCAGCCGGCCUGCUCUUACAGGCGACGGCGAAGAAAGGAUAGAGAUGCCCCCGGAGGGUCUGUGGUACCACCAGCAGAAGGAUGGCUCCUUAGAAGCCUCCGGUGAAAGGCUGUACUCUCUGAAGAUUGAAAACACUACCAGUGUCGACUCAGGGACAUACAGGUGCAUCCUGGAGGAGCCAGAAGGGCGGAGAAACCAAAGCGGCACUGUGACCUUGAAAGUGACAGGAUGCCCUAAGGAACGCAAAGAAGACACUUUUCAGAAAUACAGAGCCGAGAUUGUACUGCUGUUGGCUCUGGUCGUUUUCUACUUAACACUCAUUAUUUUCACUUGUAAGUUUGCACAACAACAGAGUAUUUUUCCAGAUUUUUCUAAACCGGGCACGCAACGAGCUUUCCUCCCAGUCGUCUCCCCAAAUAAGCAUUUGGAGCCAGCGACUCUUCACAAGACGGAACUGGUAUGA